AUGUCCCAAGCAAAAGACUGGAACGCAAACCAAUACCUCAAAUUCGAAAAUGAACGCACCCAGCCCGCCCGCGAUCUCCUAUCGCACGUACCCCUAAUAGCCCCAAAGAGAAUAAUCGACCUAGGCUGCGGCCCAGCGAACUCAACAACAGUCCUAGCAACAACAUACCCAUCAGCAACAAUAACGGGUCUAGACUCAUCACCGGACAUGAUCAACCGCGCCAAACAAGUCCUCCCAGACCGAGACUUCCACGUCGAGGACCUAUCAACCUACACACCGGACCCAGCCAAGCCCGUCGACCUCUUCUUCUCGAACGCAGUGUUCCAGUGGCUGAAAGCCGACGAGCGCAUUGCGAUCAUCAAACGCCUCCUGCAACCCCAGGAAAAGGGCGCUGUGUUCGCGCUCCAGGUCCCGUACAAUCUGGACGAGCCUUCGCAUGCUCUCAUGCAGGAAACUGCCGUUGCCGGUCCGUGGGCGGGGAAACUCGCUGGUGUGCAGCGUGAUGGGUUCCAGUCGCCGCAGGAACUGUAUGAUCUGGUGAAACCGUUUUGUAGUCACGUUCAUGUUUUCGAGACGAGUUAUUAUCAUGCGUUGGAGAGUCAUGAGGCGGUUAUUGAGUGGGUUAAGGGGACUGGGUUGAGGCCGUUUUUGGAUUUGUUAGAGGAUGAGGAGAAGAAGGUUUUCUUGAAGGAUUAUUUGAGGCGGUUGCAGGGUGCCUAUCCGGUUUCGGUUGAUGGGAGGGUGUUGUUGAAGUAUCCGCGGUUGUUUAUGGUUGCUGUGAAGUGA